AUGGAGGCACGAAGUCCGCUCAAGUUCAAAGGCACCAAGCCCGGCCAGGCCAUUAAGCCUGGAACCGCCCUUCGUAUCCUUGGUGUUGGUGAUUCCAUCACUGUAGGGUUUCUCAGUGACCUGGAUGGAGGCGAUGGAAAUGGAUACCGGUUGAAGCUUCGACAAAAUCUUUCAAAGCGCAGACUAAUGCUUGAUGAAGAUGAUCGCGUGUCUUUCAUCGGAACCGAGACAGUUCGCGGAACGAUCCCUGAUAACUACUUCGUGAGUGUUGCGUAA